UGGACUGGGAGAAGCUGCCCCGGCGGCCCGGGCUCUCCCUGCGGCUGGACGAGGCCGAGGGGGAGCCGCCGGGGGGCUGGCCGGGCGGGGGGCGCCUGCGGCCUUCCUCCUACCGGGCGCUGCGCAGCGCCGUCUCCACGCUGGCGCGCAUCGACGACUUCUACUGCGAGAAGAUUGGCGCCGGCUUCUUCUCGGAGGUCUUCAAGGUGAGGCAUCGCCAGUCGGGGCAGAUCAUGGUGCUGAAGAUGAACAAGCUGAUGAGUAACCGUGGCAACAUGCUGCGCGAAGUGCAGCUCAUGAACCGCCUCUCGCAUCCCAACAUCCUCCGGUUCAUGGGCGUCUGCGUUCACCAGGGCCAGCUCCAUGCACUGACGGAGUACAUUAACGGUGGGAACUUGGAGCAGCUGCUGGACAGCCCCACCCCCUUGCCCUGGCCGGUCCGCAUCCAGCUGGCGCUGGACAUCGCCCGCGGCCUGCGCUACCUGCACAGCAAGGGCAUCUUCCACCGUGACCUCACUUCCAAGAACUGCCUCGUGAGGUGUGACGACAACGGCUACACGGCUGUCGUGGGGGACUUUGGCCUGGCCGAGAAGAUCCCCACGUACAGCGAGGGGGGCGGAAAGGAGCCCCUGGCUGUGGUUGGUUCGCCCUACUGGAUGGCACCAGAGGUUCUCCGGGGGGAGCUCUACAACGAGAAGGCGGACGUCUUUGCGUACGGCAUCAUCCUGUGCGAGACCAUCGCUCGGGUGCCCGCUGACCCAGACUAUCUGCCCCGCACUGAGGACUUUGGGCUGGACGUGGCCGCAUUCUGCAACCUGGUGGGCGCUGACUGCCCCACGACGUUCCUCCAGCUGGCCUUCCACUGCUGCAGCAUGGACCCCACGUCUCGGCCCUCUUUCCUGGAGAUCACACAGCGCCUGGAGGCGUUCCUGGAGCAGCAGCGGGCAGCCAGAGGCUCCAGCGAGGGUGUCCUGGUGGGGGACGUGAAGAUCACGCCCGGGAGCCCAGCGGCAGCAGCUGUGCUGAACGGGAAAGCAGCAAAAGAAACACUCGUCCCCAACGCUCCGUCCGGCCUCCUGCCCCUGGACCAGCGCCUUUCCCGCAGCCAGUCCGACAUGUUCCCACCCCGACCGCCGGCCGCGCCUCGUGCCCAGGACACUCCUCAGCGCGUCAACCCCUUCUCUCAGCGCCAGGACCUCAAAGGGGGCAGGAUCAAGCUCUUUGACACGCCCAGCAAGUCUUUGAUAUCCCUGACCUUCGACCUGCCGCCCCCCUCGCCUUUCCCGCCAGGCACCCCGAUCACCCCAGAGCCCGGGGUGGAGGCGCAGUGCGACUUCUCUGAGCCCGUCGCCUUCACGCGCAGGUGCCGCUCCCUCCCCGCCUCCCCGGAGCUGCCCCGCCGAGGGCAACCCCCCCAGCCUCACAGCAGCGACCUCCUAGCGCUGGGCUGCGUCAGCCCGGAGCCCCCCUGCUCCCCUGCCAGCGAGCUCAUGGACUGCAGCCCCGACAGCCCCGCCCCGGAGCCGCCCGGCCCUGCUGCGCCGGCCCUCGCUCCGCCUCUGGCCAACGGCAACUUCAUCAGCACCGCGGUGUCCGGUGUCCAGCCGUGGCCUCCAAAUGGACUCCUCCUGAACAACAACAGCAAGCCCCACGGCUGGGCUGGGGGGUUCUCGGAGCUGAGCGUGCCCCCCAGCGUGGACGGGGUGCAGCCGGAACACGCAGGUGCGGCCCUGGCCCUGAACGCGCCUGGCGUGAUGGAGCAGGACGAGGUGCUGGCCUGCCCCGCCUGCUGCCUGGGCCCCUUCAGUUUCAGCUUUGCCUCCGUCUGCCACCGGCCUGCCGCCAGCACGCCUCGCUACCAGAACCUCAACUGUGAGGCCAAGAGCCUGCAGUGCCCAGAGAGGCACCCGCAGCGGCACCGCAAAGGCCUGGGGCCCGUGUUGUCAGAGCCCAGCCUCAAGUUGCCGGAAGCACAGUCCUAAGGCCGGCGAGACGGACGGGGCUACGGACGCACCCGGCGGGGUGGAAGGGGGCUGUGAAUCCACGACGGACCCUCGCGCCGCUGGCCCCCUGCCCUCCACUCCUCAGGCAGCCUCGGGGAUGCGGCAGCGUCUGAAACUUGGCAGCUGUUCCCAUGGCAAUGCUCGGCCUACUAUAGGGCCUGGCAAGUGGAAGCCUGCAGAGAGCCACACCGGGGACCAGGAGGCCGAGGCGGCGAAAGCUCCAGCCUCCAGCCUGCUGGCCUGCCUGCCUUAGCAAGGCGUUCUGGCCCUGACAGGUGCUGUGGAGACGCAAGGAAGGGAAGGUCCCUCCCCACAAAGCCAGGCUGAAGUGCAAUAACUUGGCUCCCCGCACCCACGUGCGCAUACCCACCGGGGGACUGGAGGCUUCCCUGUGAGAGAGGGGGGCAGUUGCACCCGAGACCUCCAUAGGCUGCCUUCAGGGUGUUUGGGCUCUGCCCUGCUCAGUUCAGUGCCUCGCUCCCAGCCCCAUCGCCCUUGUAGCCUUAGAGCAGCUGUCCAGGCAGGGUGAAGCCCCUCCAGCACUGGCCGGGGGUGCGGGGCGGAUCUUGGUCCCUCUGUAGGGUGGUCUCAUGUUCCUGCCAUUCUUGCUCUGCUUGGGAGGGUCAGGGGAGACAGAGGCGUGGAGCGCAGGGGGUGGGUGGGACAGGCGCUCCCAUGGGUGACGAGAGCAAAAAUGUGCAGGGAGCUCUGUGUGUGUGUAUAACAUUUGGGGGCUGGUAGGUGGGGGCAUGCACGUUUGGUUCCAUGACGCAGGCGGGAUUCACGAGCUCUUGGCGUGGCCUUGAGCUAUACGCGGGACCGGAUGGAGUCGGAGGCUGGUGGGGGGGCGGGGGUAACCCACACAUCUCCCCAACCUGCCCUCUCCUUUCCUGCCCUGGUGCAAUAAUGAUGGCUGGAGAUAUUCCUGGCUGUGUAUCAGCGCCAUCCUGUGUGAGGCUCAGCACUCCCUUUUGCCCUCCUAUAUUCAAUGCACUGGUGGAGAAUGCAGCUGCAUUUUAAUAAUGAUAAAUGCUACUUAAUAUAUUCAGCUUAUUUAAAGUGUUGGAAAAAUAAAAACAGACGACUGUCCAACUGCC